UUUUUUAUAGGGCUGCUAUUUAUUGAGUUAUGUAAUGUCAAAAAUCAAAACACGCCAAGAAUUUGCUUUUCUUUAGUAAAAUUUCCGUGGAAAUCCAAGAAAAUGUUCCUCAAUAGACAAAUAAAUAGGUUAUGGAGUUUGUCCCAUGUUGUGUCCAAUCCUGGGAGCUCUACAAGAUUCUUCAAUAGUACCCCGGUUCUCAUGGCUGAACCUCUCAAGAAGAAAAAGAAACUCGACCCAAUGAUCAUUAAACAGAGAGAGGAACGAAGGAAGAAAAAGAUCGAAAAGCAAAUCCGGCGUCUGGAGAAGAAUGCCCGGCAACUGAAGCCCAUUGAUGAGCUUGAAAUCCCAUUUACGCUAAUAGAUGAGAAAGACCAACGACAGAGACCUUUGCAGAGUCCGUCGAUGGAGGUUCUCGAGCAACGAGCUCUCCUUCAGAAACAAUGGGCAAGACACAAAAGAACUGAAAAGCUAAACGACUACCAAUUAAUUGACCAAGUUCUCCAGGCCCAAAGAAAGGCCCUGGAUGAACUAAAACUGGAAUCUGAGGAACUCUAUGAAGCAGCCAUUCAACCAGAUCCUCAAAUUCUUCCCUUCAAAGCCCGUGUCCUCGUCUCAACGCCACCAAUUAAAGACUACGACAGCCCCGAUGGAGAAUACAUUGAUGUAUCCAAAAAAUGGGAUUAAUCCAUCUCCUUAAAGGUUUAUUAAUAGCAAAAAAUAAAUUAAAAAUUUGUUUAUUCAUUUGCAAGAAAAUAAAAUAAAAAUGUUCUUUGGCGAAAAAAUCCAUAGGAAAUACU